AUGAGCGCCCGCCACCUGCUCCCCCCCCACCCCCCCCACCUCCCGCACCACCUCCGCCCCCUCCUCCUCCGCCGCCCCCUCUCCACAAAGCCCAAGCCCCCCAGCGCCCUCGCCCGCGCCCUGCGCCGCUCCCCGCCCGAGGCCCCACACACAGGCGCGCCGCGAAUAACCCGCUCGCACCUGCGCCCGCUGCUGCCGCCCGUGCCCACCAGCGGCAUCUGGACGCCCCCCGGCGCUCCCCCGCGGCCAAAAGACGACUUCCCCACUGUGCCGCCGCGCGGCGUGCACUCGCGCGUGUGGACGCCGCUGGGCGGGCGCGUCGAGGAGGAGCAGGAUGCGUACGACGUUGCAGAGCCGGCGCCGCGGCGGAGGGAGGAGCCCCGUCGGGGCGUGUUCGAUGAGGAGCCGCGGCGGGGCGGGUUUGGGGGCUCUCCGCGCAGAGGGUCCGAAGACUCUCCCCGCAGGGCAUUUGAGGACCCCCGUCCCCCGCGCACCUGGAGCACCUGGAGCACCGACGAGCGCCCCCCGCGCCCGCCCCCGCCCCCGCCCGCGCCCUACCCCUCCACCGAGCCAUCCUACGCCGCACACCGCCCCUUCGGCAGCGGCUCCGGCUCCGGCUCCGGCGUGCGGUCCUCCCCCCGCCUCGACGCACCCCCGCCCGACCGGGACUGGGCGCCCAAGCCGCGGCGCUUCAUCCCCAAGGUCGACUACGACGCCGAGUGGAUCUACGGCGCGAGCGUUGUCGAGGCUGCUCUCAAGGCUGGCCGCAGGAAGUGUUUGAGGCUGUACAUCUACGCGGGGCGCAACCGCACGGAGGAGGCGCGGGCGCGGGACCGCGAGCUGGCGGCGAUGGCGAAGAGUGCGGGCGCGGAGGUGGUGUGGGAGGAGGAUGUGGGCGUGCUGGAUAGCAUGAGCGAUAGUCGGCCGCAUAAUGGCUACGUCCUCGAGACCCACCCGCUCCCCAAAACCCCCAUCCUCGCGCUCGGCCCCGUCUCCCCCGCCCGCAGCACCCUCACCCUCACCCUCGCGCAGCACACGCCCACAAACACGCCCAUCGCCCCCAGCACCUACCCCGCCAAGCUCUACUCGCGCUCCCCCAAGCCGCGCUACCCGCUCAUCCUCCUCCUCGACGAGAUCCUCGACCCGGGCAACCUCGGCGCCAUCCUGCGCAGCGCCUACUUCCUCGGCGUCACCGCCGUCUCGCUCUCCACCCGCAACUGCGCGCCGCUGUCCGCCGUGGCCCUCAAGGCCUCGGCCGGCGCCGCCGAGUUCCUGCCGAUCCUCGAGCACGCGCGCGCCGAGAGCGUCGUGCGCGCGAGCGUCGAGCACGGGUGGAGCUUUUUCGCGGCCGUGCCGCCGGUGACGAAGCAGCAGGGGCGGCGGGAGCGCUAUUUUGUUGCGGGCGAGGUGGGCAGCAAGCUGGAGGAGGGCCCGGUGUGCCUGGUGGUGGGCAGUGAGGGCGAGGGGCUGAGGCAGGUGGUGAAGCGGGAGUGUGAGUUCUGUGUGGGGCUGGAGAGGGCGGUGGGCACGGAGAGGGUGGUGGACUCGUUGAAUGUGAGUGUGGCGAGUGCGCUGCUGUGCAAUGCCUUCUUGAAGGGGUAG